AUGCCAGGGGCCACUGGGGACAAUUCUAGCCUUUCUCUACCUGACAUCCAAGGUGGACUUAUAUUUAUUAAGAAAUACUCUGUGCAAGUUUUUACAGAAAAAGAGUUGGGUGAUGCUGAAUUUUUUAUCGACAUUCACCACUUUAAGUUUGCUGGAGGAGAAGGUAACACUCAGUUUGGGGGAAAUAUUAUAGACGCUUCAACGUAUCCUCCGCUACAGCAGAGAUUGAGGGCGCUCUGGUGGGAUACACAGCUUAGAACUCUCCUAGACAAUGGACGUUCUUGUCAAGAAUUACACAAGACUCUGCUGAGGAGCCAUGAAAAGGUCUUUGUUCCAGAUGAAAUGGAAAAGAAACUAGCAGAGAUUCCAGAAUGGAAGGCAAGUUACUACCCCCCUCAGUCCUAUCAUAUAGAUAGCGAACUUUUUUCCUGUGGUCAAGAAUCAUCAUCAUUCACGAGACUGUCAGACUCCCUCGAAGCUGUUGAGGACAACACAACAAAACUUGAAACUAGAGACAUUCUGGCCUCUCAGUCAGAACGAGAUGGGCGGACAGGGGUGCAGUUGGUUGGAAAACAGGAUUCGAGUGAAAUGAGUGGAUGUGGUCUUGUUUCGGUGAUCCGUGAAAAUGAGAUUUCCAAUACUACUGAUAAAGUUGAAAUUAAUGAGCAGGUUAAGUCUGUGGUAGAAAAAUCAAAUAUAAUAGAAAAAGAAGAAAAAGCUAAGGGAAGCGACAAAACUGAGUGUUGUCUACAGGAAGAAGAAAGGGCACCAUCGGUGGGUAGUAGCUCAAAUUAUGUCCCUUCCUCUCAAACUCAUGCGCAUGUAGUCACCGCUCAACCUUUGGAAGGGCUGAUACCUGAGGAGCUGUUUUUGUCUUGGAGUGAAGGUUCACAGCCGAGGGAAAGCAGCGAAGAAUCGUACUCCAUUUUGCAUGGGGGAUCUGCUGCCGGCGAGGAGGACGAGGAUGUAACUUUUGUGCCUUCGAGCCAAAAUAGCCAUGAGUUCGACCCAGCACCACAACUUCUCCUGAUAACGCCAGGGCGAUCCCAACGUGGCUGCUCGCUAUCAGAGUCGCAGUUGGAGAAAUUUUUUGAAAAUAGCGUUUCUUUUGAUCAAGUCACCACACCACCCGGGUUAUCAGAUGUUCUUUCUCCAACUCCAGAGUGUUACACUAAGAUAAAACCUCAGAAUGUGUCUCUAAAUUUGGGAGGCCAAAAGAAUACUGUAGGUAGCACAAACUCUCACGAAUUCACCAUUUCGCCCUCGUGGAGAAACUCUGUCAGCAAUACUUUGACUGGCAAGCAGCCCAUCCGGAUAAACACCAAUGUUGAAUUUGAUAUUUUGUACUCUCAAAACACUUGGAGUUUAUCUCAACCAUUUACACAAGAAUUUAGUGCUGAUUUAAUUGAAAUUAACAAACGCCAGUCAAUAAAAAGGAGACAUUCUGAGACUCAAGAUCAUUCACGCAAGACAUGCUUAUUAUAUGGAAAUAAGCGAGACAAAGACGUCUUUUAUGGUGGCACUCCUGUUAGUCCAAAUAGCACAUUAUUCUCAGUUAAACGUAGUCAGGCUGGUACCUCUCAAAGUCAGCAAAACGACAACUCUUUUACUACUUCUCUGGUCAAACCUACUUCCCUGUACUCACAACAGGAUCCUUUGGUUCUUGACACGUCAGGAUCAACAGAGGGUAACAAGUCGUCUGAAGAAGAAGAACUUCACACGUUAAGAACUCCGGCGUUUGACUCCCUUCCAUCUUUUCAAAUUCCAGUCGAAAAGGGCAAACCACUCCAUCAAGAGGGCGAGCUCAGUUCAAAUGCCACAAAGCAAAAAGAUGCUGACUUUGUCGAGAGUAUGUUGAAAAGCAUUGGAUCAAAGAGGAAAAAACCUCGUAGGAACUUUAAUUGGUUCUCAGAUGCCUAUUAGGAAAGUUUUUUUCCCCUCAUUAUUUAUACAAGUACAUGGACCCGUCGAGGUGUUCCACUUGAAAAGAUGGUUUGGUGAACCUUCGCCUGGAUAGAGGUGAAUUCCAUGAUCGUCAUGCAAAAAUAAGAACGCCACAGUGAUUUACUUGUUAUCAGGAAUCACUACCAAGCACAUCAUUACUCAACUUGGAUCCGCGAUUAUUUUCCUUUGGAUUUACCGCGCCUAAGUACUUUCUUUACAUUUUGAUGACCCACUGCACCAAAAAGAGAAAACAAAUCACCACUCUCUUAAUAACACUUUACAUCCAAGGGUCAUCUCAUUAAUCAUCAUUGAUCGGUCAAAUCAUAUAUUAUUUCAUUUUUUAAUUGUGGGUUUAAACUUUAUCACCUCUCCCAACCGAUAAUUGAACUCAGUUCUGGUUAUGAAUUCAGCUUGCAA